AUCACUGUUGUUGCUGCUGCUGUUAAAUUUUAAACUGCCAUGCACUCAGCUUCCAGUAUGCUAGGAGCUGUGAAAAUGGAAGGACAUGAACAUUCCGACUGGAGCAGUUACUACACAGAACCAGAGGCUUACUCCACCGUAGGUAACAUGAAUGCAGGAUUAAGCAUGAACACCAUGAACACCUACAUGAGUAUGUCAGCAAUGAGCACCUCGGCUAACAUGACAGCAAGUUCCAUGAACAUGUCCUAUGUAAAUACUGGAAUGAGCCCUUCUCUGACUGGCAUGUCUCCGGGCACUGGUGCUAUGGCUGGCAUGGGCACCGGUGUAGCAAGUAUGGCUACUCACCUGAGCCCCAGCAUGAGCCCGAUGAGCGCCCAGGCAUCGUCCAUGAACGCCCUGGCACCCUACACCAACAUCAAUUCCAUGAGCCCCAUCUAUGGACAAUCCAACAUUAACAGAUCCAGGGAUCCUAAAACUUACCGGAGGAGCUACACCCAUGCCAAGCCUCCAUACUCCUAUAUAUCCCUUAUUACCAUGGCCAUUCAACAGUCUCCCAACAAGAUGCUCACCUUGAGUGAGAUCUACCAGUGGAUCAUGGACCUAUUCCCCUUCUACAGACAGAACCAGCAGCGUUGGCAGAACUCCAUCCGCCAUUCUUUGUCCUUCAAUGACUGCUUCCUCAAAGUGCCAAGGUCUCCAGAUAAACCCGGCAAAGGCUCCUUCUGGACUCUUCACCCGGACUCUGGGAACAUGUUUGAGAAUGGGUGCUAUCUGAGACGCCAAAAGCGCUUCAAGUGCGAUAAGAAGCACAGUCCCAGAGACAGUGGUGGGAAGAAGCUCUCUGAAGGGGCCUCUAGUGUAGGUUCCGCUGCCAACAGCAGCUCAGAAAGUUCUGGGGGUAACGAGUCUCCCCAUUCCAGUUCAUCCCCAUGUCAGGAACAGAAGAGGACCCUUGUGGACAUGAAGUCAAACCAAGGUCUGAGCCCAGAUCAUACAACAUCUCCAGUCUCCCAAGCCCAACACCUGCUGUCCCAGCACCACUCUGUCUUGUCCCAUGAUGCCCAGUCCCACCUCAAACCAGAACACCACUAUUCCUUCAACCACCCUUUCUCCAUCAACAACCUAAUGUCCUCCGAACAGCAACACCACCACCACCACCACCACCACAGUCACCACCACCACAAAAUGGACUUGAAAGCCUAUGAACAGGUGAUGCAUUAUUCAGGAUAUGGUUCUCCCAUGGCAGGUAGUUUAGCAAUGAGCUCAGUAACGAACAAAACUGGCUUAGAGUCUUCACCCAUCUCAAGCGACACCUCCUACUAUCAAGGUGUGUAUUCCAGACCCAUAAUGAACUCUUCCUAAUUCUAGACAACAGACAUUAAUGGACAUGCUCACAGUCACUGUAUAAAAUCUAUGUACGACAAUAGUAUGUGUUUCCCUGCCCAUUCCCCUUGAGCUGUAAAGUUUGUUUUGAGCCCGUUUUUUUUUUUAGCUGUCAGGUUUGUUGGACUACGUUUGGCUGCGUUUUGCUACGUUUUGUGUUCCCACUUUGUUGCAGGGGGUAUAUUAUUUGUGAAUGUGGUGGAUCAUUAUAUGCUGUGUAGUUUCUACAAAGGACCAAAAGUCUGUAAAAUUCUCCAUGUAAAAAAAAAAAAAAAAAAAAGAAGAAAAAGGAAAUAUUGUUGUAACUCCCUCCCCCAAAAAAAGUUUAAUGUUUUUUGUUUUUCUAAGUAAAAUGCUUGAAAAGGCUUAAUUUAUGGUUUCUGUACACUUUAUUUAUGACUAUGUAUUCUGGCCUGUCCCAGUCAGAUUUUAACAAUCUCUAUUAAAAUCGUAUUGCCAUUUCUUUCUGGAUGUUUAUUUACGAGUGUAAAUGAUCUAUAACAAAACAAAUACAAAGGGAAGUUAUAUUUCUAUAAAUAGAGGAAUAUUUAUGACAAUUGCUAUGACACAAGGCGUUCUAUACGUUUUGUACUGGAUACAGGAAAUUGUCUAUAUAGGAUCCGUUUUUCAAACGGAUACCGGAUAACGGAUUCUAUUUCUUUCGUUGGCGUUUUCGGGUAUUAUUGAAGGUCGCAAGAUGCUAGUGUGAACAGAGCCCUCACUGCAAUUGACCUAUAACAGUGUUUCCCAACCAG